UAAGAAUAUCAAAUUUCGUGGGAAACUCAGAGCGAAUCGUGGACAGAUUGGCCAUGGUUCAUUGAUCGGCGACAUAAAGAAACCUUGCCAGCGACAGACGAAAAGCACACUUGUAUGGGAGAUCGAUUGGUUCAAAGCAGUUCAAAAAGGCAUUAAAUUAACGAAGGACAGAAAUGCUUCUUUUCAAGAUAAUAGAAGCUGUACUUCUUUCAACGUUACUGGUAUUUGCUUGUGCUGUCAAACUAGAAGAACAAGAAAAAAACGUUACAUGUAACGCAAUUGUGACUGAAGCGUCACGCUACCCUCCUGACCACGCCGUGGCUGCACCUUGUUGUCAUGGCAACGGAGUACAAUACUCGUGUAUCAAUGGGCACAGGCGGGUCAGCGGUGAAGCCGUAAGAGUAUGCGUGGAUGGGACACUUAGAGGAGAACAGCCUGUCUGCAAGUUCCCUAAAGCAUUCACGUGUGGUAACCCCGGACCUGUAAUGAAUGGAUACUUCGUAGGGUCACGAUACGCGAUUGGUGAUCACGUGACUUACAACUGUUACCCAGGCUUCGGUAUGCGCGGCCAUCCAUCACGAGAGUGCCUGCCUAGCGGCAUGUGGAGUGAGCCUCCUGAAUGUGUCUUGGUAGAAGAGCUACAACUCGAAGUAGACAACGCUGCCGAGGUCGUCAGCGGAAAUUUGCUACACAGGCUCUACGAACCAAGCUGCGCGGAGCCUGGACACCACUGUGAGCCCCCACCGCUGUCCCGAAAACGUCGCUCACUGCAGGCUCAUUCAUCGGAUGGUCUCGAUCUGGUGUUCCUCUUUGAUGCCUCUCGUGCUAUAAAUAAAGAGAAGUUUAAGGUCGGGCUGAGGUUUGCGCAGGAGCUGAUCAGAAUAUUGGACGCUACCUUGGGUCGAGGACAACUGAGGGUUGGUUCCGUCACUUUCGGCACAAAAGUGGAAAUCAACUUCAACAUGUCACCCGCUGGUCAGCGGACUAUCCGCAAAUUGUGGUCAAUCAAGAAAUCAGGGGGCUGCGGUGGAGAACUCGGAGACGCCCUUGACAACAUAAUAACCACGAUUGUACCCCGGAUGAGGCCGAGCAGCAAUAAAGCGCUUUUCAUUGUCACUAACGGCAAAAGCAUUAUCGGCUCAAGUCACAAGAAAAGUGCGACCACACUGAAAAACGAAAAGGACUUUGAUAUUUACGCGAUAGCCGUGGGAAAGGGCCCUAACAAGGAGGAACUGCAGUCUCUUGUGUCACAACCCGUCAGAGAUCAUGUGAUUACGCUGAAGCACAUCGGGGAUGUGUUCACUGGAGUGCGCAAGGUCAUCACGACCCCGGAGAAUGAGUUUGCUCAGUGUGGUAUCAGUGGUACAAAGAGCAAGAAGCGGACGGUUCGUGGGAACAAGGCGGCGAGUGGAGUAUGGCCCUGGCAAAUCGGCAUCUUCUGGGACAGAGGGCGUUUGCCGAUAUGCGGCGGCGCACUCAUAGGAGAACAAUGGAUCCUGACGACUGCGCAUUGCUUCUACUCAAGCGCUCGAAAACCUAUCACGUGGCCCCCGUGGAGGUAUACCAUCGUGGCUGGGGACCAUAAGACCAAUUCUCGUGAAAGCUUCAAACAGAUGGUUCCGGUUGCCAAGAUCUACGUGCACAGCGGCUACAAGUACCGCACUCACGAGAACGAUAUCGCUGUCGUCAAGCUACAAUACAAGUUCAAGCUCAAUAAAUACAUAAGACCCGUCUGCUUACCGAAGGCUUCCCGAGUAGACCCGAAUCCAGCAGGCAAGCGAGGCUUCGUCGCCGCCUGGGAUCGCCCGUCGGAAAAACAUCGCCCCAGUUUCUCUCGGCGCAAGAGCCGCUCUCGCGUGAUCAUCCACACAGCGCUUGUCAUCUCAUCCGGGGCUCAAUGCCGCAACUCGACAAAGAUCCCCUUCAACUCCUCCCUCAUGUUCUGCGCAAACGACGGGAAGGAUUACAAACAGACCUGUCGGGGGGACGGUGGGUCGCCUUUUAUCAGCGAGAGUUACGAUCGUAAGUCACGUGGCUAUCGCUGGGCCGUGAAUGGGCUGGUAAGCUGGGACGAGCAGUGUGGAUCCGCCGAUCACGUGUCAUUCUUCACACGUGUCGGACCGUACGUUGAUUGGAUUCGUAGUGUUAUGAGCGAGACGAAGUCGAGGCGCCGACGAGUAUAAAUCGAUUUGAUAGAGUAUUUUCGUUGCUUAUUGCCAUGCGCAUGAAGCUCUGAGUGGCGCAGAUGGACAAUCGACUGGGUUUAUAAAGCUUGAUAUCACACUUAGUUACUUCUACAAGAGCUGUGAUUGGUCCGCACCCAAGAUGUAUUGUUAAAAUGCGUAUAGACCAAAUAGACAGGACAAAUAAGACUCAUGACAGUAAAUAGUAACAUUAAUGCAGAUAUUAUAACGUUUAUUAUCAUUGCACAUAUAUUGUAGCCGAGAUGGAUAAAGAACUAAUACAUGGUAUUAAUGACGUUUUCGUCCCGUGUAGAUUCUACUGCACUUAAAAUGUAUUAUAGGUGAAUGUACUAAGAAAUGUGACUAGAGCGCGCUCCGCCAGCUUUUAGUGGAAAAUAAAAACACCAAAAAACAACUUAUACAGCGCUUAGGAUUCAACCAGAAUGUUUCUUUGUCAGACAGGGAUUACUUUCAGUGAAAUAUUUUUCGGGCGGUCGUUUGUAAUGGACGAAGCCAUUUCCGUGUUUGUUUUAGCUUGAAUUUGCCACCCAAAAGGUCACGUGAUUCCUUAGUGUAAGUAGCCUAUGUAGGUGAUGCCGAUGUUUGAGGAAAUGGCUUGUUAUUAUGUAUGAGUUGUAUCUAGCUGACGGCAGGCAGUGUGACGAAGUAAUAUGAACACAAUUAUUGUAUAUCAUCAGAACAAACAUAUAUAUUUUCAUAUUUGUGGAUUA